GCCCCCUGUCAACGUAGUCCCAUCCUGCCAAGCUGAUGAAUGGGAGGGAUCAACAGCUUUCCUCCAACUCAGUGUAUGUGUGUGUGUGUGUGUUUCCUCUGAUUAACAAGAAGCUCCCUCAUAGAGAUGGUGGAAUGGGACAUCAGGACCAUCCAGGAAGUGUAGAGCUUGUGUUAAACUGAUGCAGUCCCUCUGACAGUGACCUUUGACCUGGAUAUCAGAAAAUCCGCUUACAGGACAUCCUACUGUUUAUCGUCGCCCAAAGUGAAAUGCAACAACGCUGCGGGGGACUUGUGGGCAUGCCCAGCUGUGAGGCCGGGGUCAGAGGGUCAGAGGUGAAGAGGCAUCAGGUUGUGGUGGUGGGGAUGUCGCUCGCUGAUAGUUUUGCCUCUCAGGUAUGAACCUGACCCUCUCCUGGAGCUCUCUGGACAGGGGUACGGCUGACUGGUUCGGGGUGAGUAAGGACAGCGACAGCACCCAGAGAUGGAGGCGGAGGAGUCUGCAGCACUGCAGCCAGCUGUACGGGGGUCUGAAGGCCCAGGUGAUGAGGGACAUGGACCUCCCCAGCCAGGACAACCUGUCCCUGGCCAGUACUGAAACCCCCCCUCCCCUCUACCUCCCACCUUACCACCCUACCCACCACCACUGUGGCAUGCAAAGGAUUGUGGACCCCCUGGCACGCGGCCGUGCGUUCCGUAUGGCGGAGGAGGUAGAUGGUCUGAGCGUGCCCCAGACCCCCAUCACCCCCGGCACCUCCUCCCUCUGCUCCUUCUCCAGCUCCCGGUCGGCGCUCAACCGGUUACCACGGCGACGCAAGAGGGAGUCCGUCGCCGUCAUGAGCCUCAAGGCCGCAGUGGCACUGAUGAGGGGCCGGGCCCUACAGGACAACACAGCCCAUCGAUGCCGCAGACGGAGUUUCAUGCCCUCCAGUUUCUUGGAUGACGACACUGUGGAUUUUCCCGAUGAGCUGGACACGUCUUUCUUCACCCGGGAGGGGCUGCAGGAUGAGAUGUCCAGCUACGCUGAUGAGGUGUUUGAGACGCCGUCUGAGGCUGCCAUCAAAGAAGUGGGGCUCAAUCAUCACGUGGCGGAUACUGACCUCACAGGAAGUGCGCUGGAUAAAAACGAGCUGGAGAGGAGUCACCUUAUGCUGCCUUCAGAGCGAGGCUGGCGGAAGGCCAAAGACACCUCUCUGGUCCAGCCCAAGGUGCGUCUACGACAGGAAGUGGUGAGCAUUAACAGGCAUCAGCAGCGCGGUCAGCGGAUCACGGUUCCCGUCAAGAAGCUGUUUGCCCGGGAGAAGAGGCCGUACGGGCUGGGCAUGGUUGGCCGUCUCACCAACCGGACAUACCGCAAACGCAUUGACAGCUUCGUCCAAAGGCAGAUUGAGGACAUGGAUGACCAUAGGCCUUUCUUUUCCUACUGGAUCACCUUCGUCCAUUUACUCAUCACCAUCCUGGCUGUCACCAUCCACGGCAUCGUUCCUGUGGGCUUCUCACAGCACGAAACCGUUGACUCUGUGUUGAGGAAUAAGGGAGUUUAUGAGAACGUCAAGUUUGUGCAGCAAGAGAACUUCUGGGUCGGACCAAGUUCAGAGGCGCUGAUCCACCUUGGAGCCAAGUUCUCCCCCUGCAUGCGUCAGGACAAGGAGGUCCACGAGUUGAUCCGGGAGAAGAAGGCGAGAGAGAGAGACUCAGGCUGCUGUGUGAGGAACGACCGCUCGGGAUGUCUGCAGACGUCUCAGGAGGAAUGCUCGACGACUCUGGCCGUGUGGGUCAAGUGGCCUCUUCACCCCAGUGCUCCGUACCUGAACGGCAAACUCCGCCAGCACGGCUCCGUCUGCCAUCAAGACCCCAGAAUUUGUCUGGAGCCGGCUUCAGUCUCUCCUCACGAGUGGCCUGAUGACAUCACCAGGUGGCCAGUGUGUACAAGGUACAACUCUGGAAACCACACCAACCUCCCCCACAUAGACUGUGCUAUCACAGGCAGACCCUGCUGCAUCGGAACCAAAGGCCGAUGUGAGAUCACCUCCAGAGAGUACUGUGAUUUUAUGAGGGGCUACUUCCACGAGGAGGCCACCCUCUGCUCACAGGUGGCCUGUAUGGAUGAUGUAUGUGGCCUGCUGCCUUUCCUCAACCCUGAGAUUCCCGACCAGUUCUAUCGUCUCUGGCUGUCUCUCUUUCUUCAUGCUGGGAUCCUGCAUUGUCUGGUUUCAGUCCUGUUCCAAAUGACGGUGCUGAGGGACUUGGAGAAGCUAGCUGGCUGGCUGAGAAUCUCCAUCAUUUACAUCCUCAGCGGAAUCACUGGAAAUCUGGCCUCGUCCAUCUUCCUGCCCUACAGAGCAGAGGUGGGACCAGCAGGCAGCCAGUUCGGCAUCCUUGCCUGCCUGUUUGUCGAGCUGUUUCAGAGCUGGCAGAUCCUGGAGCGGCCAUGGAGGGCCUUCGCUAAGCUGCUGGCCAUCGCCGUCUUCCUCUUCUCCUUUGGCCUGCUGCCCUGGAUUGACAACUUCGCCCACAUCUGCGGCUUCAUCUCGGGACUCUUCCUCUCCUUUGCAUUUCUGCCGUACAUCAGCUUCGGACAGUCUGACAUGUACCGUAAGCGGGUCCAGAUCUGCAUGUUCCUGCUGGUGUUCCUGGGUCUGCUCUCCGCCCUGGCCAUCCUGUUCUACGUCUACCCCAUCAAGUGUGACUGGUGCGAGUACCUGACAUGCAUCCCCAUCACCGACAAGUUCUGUGAGAAGUACGACCUGAAUGCACAUCUCCACUGA